AUUAAAUUGUAAUACAAUAAAAAAUCAAUGCAACUCAAACUUUUAAUUGUCUUUACAUUGUUCACAAAAAUCUCAACAAUCAGUAUCACUAGUUUGGUGGAUUUACCAUUGAAAGUACCUAAAGGAAGCUCAGUGAUCAAUGCUACUUUAACUGAUGUCAAUGGAUUUAAAAAGUAUUUUAUACAAGAGUUGAUAUCAUCUUCUGGUUCAACCAUUAAAGGUAAAAUUUUGAUCUCAAGUGAUACGGAUUCUUACUCAAUACAUUAUCAUGCUGAUUCUGAAACUGGUGUGGACAGUAAGGAACGGUUGGUUAUUCAAGGUACAAAUUGUUUACUAUUCACUUACAGAAAAGUUGGGAUAAAACUUUACCAGGAAUCAAGAAACCUUUACUCAACCAGAUUCUUUUAA